AGGUGAAAUCCCCGUGAAAUGAUAAAAUGGCCUAUGCAGAUUAAUGACUGAUAGCCACACCUGGCAAUGGACUAUGUUGCACAGAUAUCGACAGCUCCUUCUUCUUCUACUCGUCCUGGUACUUCUACUUCCCACACCCACCCUAUCUAACACAGAUGUGAGUCAUCGACUCUUCAGUUACUUCCGUACGUACAUUGACGCGGACCUUAUUGCUCGGUUGUACGAGAAACACACGUAUAGGACAGAGAUAGACACCCACAAACUGGGAGACCACGUGGGGGUUACAACCGGUAAAGAGUUUAAUGAUGCCUUCACGGCCCUCAAAAACAUCCAGAAGAGGACCAUCAAGGAGUACAAGAGCCACAAGUGGGACAAGGACCUGACCUAUAAUUAUUGGGACGGUUUCACGCACCCCUUGACAUCAAACAACGGAAGUGUAUUGCAUCUGGAGCAUAACGAGCGCUACAUGGCAAGUGUUAGCAUGACAGAAUCAGCCAUAAACCUACCUCUAGAUGUGUAUGAUAACUGGACUGAGGUCAGGAACACAAUCCAAUGGACAUCCGGCCUGGACAAAGCAUUCAUUCAGAACAACGACAAAAAAGCGGAUAACAUAUUCUGGCAGUACAUAGGAACCCCCCAAGGUGUCAUGAGAACCUACCCCGCUACAUACAUCCCUGCCAAGGAUCAGAUAGAUUUUGAUGUGCGGAGGAGGCCCUGGUACAAUGCUGGUAUAGGGUGCCCUAAAGAUGUUAUCCUUCUUAUGGAUACGAGCGGGAGUUUGGAGGGUUUUCCUACCAGGCUGCUGAAAAAUACUGCCGUUAAGUUCCUCAAUGAGAUUAUAUCUGAUACUGACUUUGUCACUGCUAUCGACGUUGGGUAUGAAGCCAAAUUCCUGACGUGUUACUACCACCUGACCCGAGCGAACAAGAUUGUCAAGAAAACCUUGAUUGAUGCUAUUAAAGACAUUCAGCCUAACGGAACCAGCAACUGGGAAGCAGGCUUUAAUCUAGCUUUCGAAACAUUCGAAAAGAGCAGGAUGAUAAACCAAUCUGCUUAUUGUGAGAAAGCCAUCGUUCUCUUUACGGACGAGACAGGGCAACCUGUUGAUGAGAUAGUAGCAAAGUUGAACACGCAGAAACACGUGCGAAUAUUUGUGUUCUCGUUCCGUAAAAACGAGGGAAUGUACAAUGACCGACUGAAGGGCUUGGCAUGUUCUAAUCGGGGCUACUAUUCCAAGAUCCUUUACUUCGGGCAGAUUGAGGCUGCUUUGCAGAGACUCGUCCAGAUAGGGAACACUCCGCUGAAAGAUCAGUCAAUACAGCCUACCUGGAGCAACGCUUACAAAGAUCUGGGAGGUUUUGGGCUGGUGAUCACGGUCACUCUACCAGUCGUGGUGGGAACGUCUGAGUCAGAGAGAAUGGUCACUAAGGUUGCCAAUAACAACAGUGUUUCUUUAUUAGGUAUCGUGGGACUCGACUUUAAGUCGUCCCGAAUAAUCCAGAUCAGCAGCAGUGUCCUUCCCAUCAGUAGUGCGAGUGUGAUCAUCAACAACAAGGGUUAUCCCGUCUACCAUCCUAGGAUUGACAAGUACAAAUACGAAGAUGUCAAUACCAGGUUCCAUAAUUUCCGGUGGACUGACGAGAACAAACAGGAUCUAAUAGAUCUUGAGAAGAGAAUGAUUGAUCACGAUCACUUUGUUUUGAAGACAAAAGGAUUUCUGACUUAUGAGAACCAGAAAAGAGGCUCUGAAUGGUACCAGGAGCUCCAAUAUCAGAUCUACCCAGUAACUUCUACACCCUUCAGUAUAGCUUGCAUCUACCCCACCUACCCUCCAACCUACUUCAUGUACAAACUAAAAACCCUAAACGUGGAGGACAUCGUUUCAAUUCUAAAAAGCAACUGGACUGGCCAAGUUCUUCACAACUUUGACGACAACAGUUGUAACGUUAGGAAGCAACUAGGACAGAACACACGGUAAAGUUGACCUGGACAAUUCCACUUGUUCAGCCGUCAUUUUCUCGUUGUUUACUGACAUAUACCUGUCGAGGUACUUUAAGGAAGCCUUCAAGAAAUAUCCUGCCCCUGCCGAGCAGGCUGAGGAUAUUCAAAUCGGUGGACGGAGUUUCCAGAAGGACGAAAUCCUCUCCCAUUUCAUCAUCACCUACACGGGCAUGGUGUUCUUCAGUAACCCUAAGUGGAACGGAGCAAACGCAACCACCAUGGCCACCCUCACUCCGUACGCUCAAACUGUUAAGAACAUCUCGGCAGCGUCACUGUUCAUCUCACAACCGUACCGACGAGAGAUCUACAACUUCAGAUCAGUGAACAUCACCCAGCGAGUCAAUGUGACAGUAGAUGGAGUGUCUAGUCAAGUAGCUGCUGUAGGGAUUGAAGUUAGAGUAGAGCUCGUCAGAGAAAAGCUUCUUGGGGGCCACGAUGAUGAUUUGGAUCGAUUUCUAGUCGAUGAAAACGGGGAGAUUAUCAUGGGAUAUAACAAUGAGCGAGGAAGUGAAGAUAUGGGGGACCAAGCGGGGCAUUUAGGAGAGCACCAUCCUUAUCUUCUUAAAGAACUUAUAAAAAGAAGGAUUUUUAACGUCGUAAAUUAUACAGAGUGUAUAAACGAGUGUAAAGAGACGGUAACUGAGCAUGAAGGUCACCAUGGCAGUAACGGAGCAUGCACUUUUAAACCUAUUUUAUAUAACCUAUUAGCAGUUCUGAUGAACUUUUUAACUAACCUUAAGCUGCUCUUCUACUUUGACUACUUUUUAACAGACGUUGAAGCAAACCACAUCGUGAAGGAAAAAACCGUGGAAUGCUGCAGGAUGUUUAAUCUGUACCAGAGGAAUUUUCAGUACCAAGACACUCACGGCACCUGGAUCAAUGGUGACGGCCCCAACGGGUGUCAGUCCCACUACGAGGUGUCAAACGUUCCCAGUACAAACCUCCUGUUAGUAGUGGACCAUAGUCCGGGCUGCAAACCCGUGUCCGAGCAGAUAACACCAUAUCGAGGGGUCCGAGUGUAUCACCAUCAGGGCUGCCAAGAGGGUCACGAAGACCAUGAUGUUCCCAACACGGACGCUAUGGCUAGUUUAAUUAAUCACUAUUAUCGUAAUUUUAAAACGUGUAUCGUAAGUUAUACUGACGAGGGCAUGUGCAGUCAUUGCCAAUUGCUUAUAGGUUCUCCCUUUCUAAUAAUUUCAGCUGUUUUGCGUUCAGUACUUUUUUGGUGCUAGCAGUACCACUUCCAUAAUUUAGAUUAAACGAGUAUUUUUUACAUUUUUGUUAUAUGAGGAGGGUAAUCUUUAAACGUUCCACUUGGGAAGUAAAAGUGUGCUGCCGAUAUCCGAUUUGACCUUAGAAUCUCAUUCUCCUGGAAUUACCACACACCACAGUAGCUUUUCCCCAGAUUGUCUGUAUUUUUAGUCCAAUGUUGAUUGAAUUAACAUUUAAA